AUGUUCAACCCUCACCUCAUCUUAGGCUCACCAAUCACAGAACACCGCCGCCCUCCGCUCGCUUCAUCUUCACUCUCUUCUUCCCGCCCAACUUCACCCACCACCGCUAGACGCAACCUCACCGUCCCUCAACUAAUACGCCCCUCGCGUCUCCACCCUACGCCACCAGAGAGUCCCUCGGCACUCCCACCUCUGCCCCACACUGCCCCUGCCCCAGAAUUCCCACUUAGCCGCCAGAGCUCGGAGAGCGCUCCCGUGGAAGAAGAUGUACAGGAGAUCAGGCAUCCGCUCCAGGACGAGAUCGACCGGCUGAACGCGCAGUGCAAGGCGCACGAGCAACGGUUCCGCUCGUCCAAGUCGUCGUUCGAGCACCGCGUCUUUUCCGAGUUUCCUUCCGCCCUUGGGCGCCUCGGUGAUCUCGAUGCGCGUGCCGAGAAAUCCACCGCUGAGCUGUACAGCGCGAUGAACACGGCUGAGCCCAAGCUCAGGGCACGGCUCCAGGCGUUGAUUGACGAGCGCGACGAGGACGUCGAGGAGAUGCACAAGCGCACGACGCCGUGGAUGACCUUUGAGGCUGAGCUGAACGUUCCGAAACGCGCCCCAGUAGAGACCGGCAAGGCCAAGGGUAUCGGCAAGAUUGCGCGGAUUAGUACCGGCCAAGGCGAGGCGGACGAUCUCGCCCCGCUCGCCAAGUUUGAGCAGAUGGCCGACGAAGUUGAAGAGUACCUUCAAGAAGAGCUGGCGCGGCUCGAACGCAAGAUUGAUAUUGAGAACCUCAAGCGCGCCGUCGGUUUCUGGACUGUACUCAGCCUCGUCGCCAUCAUCCUCGUAUACUACGUCGGGCACACGAUUUGGCGCACCGCGUGCCGCAUCACAGGGUGGUGUCAAGUGUAA